UAGCCAUGGUUAUCUGUGAUUGUUUUUUUUCUAAUGAAUAAAAAGGAGGAGGGUUUUAGAUGCAAAACUGGUUGCUUUUUGGAGUGAACGGAGUGUUUCCCUUUCUACGCGCAAGGGGGUGGGUGGGGGAGUAAAGACACAUGAUAUACUGCCUAGGUCAUGCAGUUGAGGUGGCUGAGAAACAAAAAAAAAAAUUACGCCCACGAAAGCCUAUUCAACCUUAAUCCUUAUUUCCUUACAAAAAGAGACCUUUUAUCUUAUUCUCCGCACACACACACACACUCUCUCUCUCUUUUUCUCUUCAAACCGUGUUACUUUAUACAAAUAACAAGAAAAAGUAUCUAAAAAAAGAACUGUCUGAGGCUAAAUUUUCUUUUUGUCUGGAUCUCAAGCUACUUUCGAAAAAGGUAAUCAUUUAAAGAAAUCAACUGGAGCCUUUCAUUGUCCGCCUUUAAAAUAUAUACACACAUCGAUAAGAAAUAACAAAGAAAUAUAGAAAAAAGAAAUAAAGAAAUUCAAUUGAAAACCA